AAUGAGCUGCUAGAGUCCGUAGGGGAAAGGUGUGCAGUGCAGCAAAGUGUCCACUGUUGUACAUAGCGGUCCUGGCCUCAUGUUUACACACUUCGUUACUUAUUUGCAGAACUUUGCCUGCAAGUCAGAGUGCAGCUACCGCCAGAGGAGGGCGCAGGUUAUCCACAGAUAGUCCGACUGCCGAGAAAUUUCGCCAAAAUUUCAGGUGUUAGUGUGCAGCCAUGUCAGCUGAAGGGGCAGUAGAGACUAAGACAGAAGGAGAGGAGGCAGUAGUAGAGGCUGGAGCGGAGGCUGGGGCAGAGGCUGAGGCAGAAGUACUCGUAGUGACAGACGGUGUGGUGGUAUUAGAUGGCACAGAAGCUGGGAACACACAAGAUGUCAAGAGAAAAAAGUUCCGUCCGCUGAAGUCUAUACGAAAGAUCCUGGGAAUCAAGAAGGGGAGAAAAAAGUCUGGUGAUGACCCUGCCCUCCUGUCGGCCAAGCCCGUGUCCAAGUCUACAGGUGCACUGCUGCAGGUGGUGGAGACAGAGCCGGAGGAAGAUGUCAGUAACAAGACGUUGGCCAACCGGAGCAUGUCGGCAGACAGUGUCUUCUCUCCUGCCAACGGGCAGACAGAGCCACUCAGGAAGGGUGACAUGGCAGCGUCCGCCGACAACCUUAACUCACAAAACUUCCAGAGUGAAUUGUCAGCAAAGCUGAAGUCCCGUCGAAGUGAGGACGGGGCCAGCUCAGAAGACGAGUGUCUUCCCCGCAGUCCCGACACUAUAGUAACAAUGGCUGAUGUCAUCAAUGAACACAGUACACAGAAUGGAAUGAAAAGACACAGUGAAGAAAGUUUAGAAAGUGUAGGAGAUGAGCCCGGCAUUGCCAUGGCAGCAGACCAAUUAGCACAGGGAGAAAAACACCAAGCCAGACAAGGCACCAGUGUGCCUGCAGAGUUUGUCAGCACAGGAGACGUUGACCUCGACGCCAUCCCGGCCUCACCCACCCACCUGAGUAACCAGGCUGCUCUGCACAAACUCUCCGUCGCACCCAAGCUCAGAAAAGCCUCCAGUAGGACCAGAGGAGUCGGAAAGAGUCCCAGCCCAACACCAGACCUGCCCAUCAUGUCAGACAGCCCCAGGACAGCUGACUCUCCUGAACCCCCGGUGACACCUGCAGACACUGAACCACCUCCCAAACCUCCUCGGACAGAUGCUGCAGCCGGAUCCAGUGUGGAAGCACCUGGUACAGAAACAGCUUCUGCUAAAGCACCGGGUACAGAAACAGCUCCUGCUACAGCACCUGGCACAGAAACAGCUUCUGCUAAAGCACCGGGUACAGAGACAGCUGCUACUUCAGCACCUGGCACAGAAACAGCCAUUGCUGCAUCACCUGCCACAGAAACAGCCCAUGCACCUGUUGCUUCAGAUCAUGGCCCUGAAAUAGCUGACCCACCCACAGCUGUUGCACCUGACAACAACACCACUGCUGACACACAGAUAACAGCAGCAGCUGAUGUUGCAGCUAGCGACAUGCUUGCAGCUGAAGCACCUAACACAGACGCUGACUCAGAGGCAAAUGUCACAUCUGCAGCUGGCCAUCCACAAGAGCCCUCAGACCUUGUAGGGCACCAAACUGAAAGUGACGAAGUUGUCAACACAGCAGCUACGGAGAACGAAGUCAUUCCACCUGAUGCCAUGUCAGAUGCUGUUCCGCCUGACAGUACAGCUGACACAGCUGAAUCUGUCCCGGCACAGUCAGUCCAAAGUGUGGAGGAAGUCCAAAUGUCCCCUGAACCUACAGCUGAACCUACAGCAGACCAGCUGGAACCAGAUGCCUUUGUCCCAACUCUCACACCCACCAGAGAAGAGGGGCCACUCCUGGAGGAGCAAGUGGUGGAGUUCUGUCCUCCUGUAGAAGUAGAAGCCUCCGUGGAGAUGCCUGUAGUAGCCUCACAUGAGGAGUCAGUAGUGAACACUGAUGCUAGUAGCGUUGAGAUUGUGGAAGGUGAAAAUGGUUUUGACAGUCUAGGUAAGUCCCCAGCUGAAGAGCCUGAACAGAAUGAUGACGGUGUGAUGGAGGAUGAAGCAGGGGGAGGGGAGGAGGAGGAGGAGGCAGGAGACUCUGGAGCAUCCUCAUCUGGUGCUGCAGGCAGUGCAGAUCAGGCCACCGAUGAAGAUACAGGGGAGGCAAUAGCCCAGAGACUAUUGGCUGUUGUUGCACAGCAAGAACGCACAGGGGGAGGUGAGGAGCACGGUCCAGGCUCACCCCCUCCGUCAGACCUGCCCGAUCAGCCCACUCCAGCCUCUCCUGAAGCCGAGGACCAGGACCUCAUCACUCCCAAAUCCCCAACCCGAGGGCCUCCCAACCCGCUGGGCCAGCAGCUGGUGGAGGAGAUGAAGAGGAAACAGUCGGUCAAGAAGCAAGACUCAUUUGAAGAGGAGGAACCCCCGCCUGAAGAGCCCGAGGAGGCAGUACAAGAAAAAGAAGAAACUGCUGCUGAGAUGGAGGUCCCCCCUGCUGAAGAACAAGACCCAGCUGUGGCCACGCCUGAGACCAACCAAGAAGAGGAGCAGCAUGGGAUGUAUGAAGAUUCCCACAAUUCCUUGCAGGAAGAUACCCAUGGUGCAGUGCAGCAGGUGGAGGAGGAAGAGAAGGAGGAGGCUGAGGAGAAGGUGGAAGAUGAACCACAAGACGACCUUGAAGAAACCCGCCAGGAGACAGUGUCCUCUGAGGACGAAGCUCCUCCGGUUGAAGAGGAGCCUCCUGAAGAAGAAGAGCCUGAAAAGGAAACAGAAAAGCAGAACGGUCCGGUUGAAGAUGAAACCACUCCAUCUGAAGAUGACCUGGAGGAAUACGAAGAGGUUGUUGCAAAGCCCCCGGAUGUACCCGUCCAUAAUAAGCGUCUCAGUGUUGCAGAAACAAGGCAGAUGUUUGCGAGGGCCGAUCCCCCGGCCCCAGAAACCGAGGCGGUCAUCAGGCCCAAACUCAAGCCAGUUCCACCCAAAGUGGAGCCGAGUCCAAGCAGCUCCCAGCCCACCAAGCCAGUGCCAAUUGUACCAAAAACGGAGACUCCAAAGGAGACCAUAGUGGUGAAGAAGCCUUCUUCAACCCCUGUGGUGCCUUCCCCAAUGUCCCCUACUGCCUCUGCUGCACCCCAGUUAAGGUCACUGGCAGACAAACCCCAGCCUAAGAAGGUUUUUGGUGCCAUCAAAGCGCUGGAAGACCAGGGUGAUGACAAGAUACCAGCCUGGGUAAGGAUAGCACAGAAAAAACAGAAGGAGAGGGAAGGAGGCAAGGAUGAGGAUGCUGCUGCAGUUGGUGGCAAGAAGGUUGUGGUGGUUGAGAAGACACCGCCUGCCGCGUCGUCCAGCCAGCCGCCACCCAAGUCCCCCGCCCGCAAACCAUCUACCGGUGCCGUGCCACCCAAAGUGUUGGUUGUAGAAAAGACUGGAUCCGUCACGGCCAGGCCGUCAGCUCCCAGACCGUCCGUCGGCCCCACCAAACCCUUCUCCCGGCCCGCCGAACCCCCCACCCCCGUCAUCAUACCUGCAACAAAGGCACCGGAGCAGCCCAAACCUCUCAACUCACCCACCAAACCAGCGGAGUCCAAACCAGCUGUCAGUACAUCCCCCCCGCCCACCAAGUCUGGUGACCUGAUGGCCAACAACAACAAGCUGAACCGGACGGGACAGUUCCUGGCACGGCAGCAGAAGAAGAACUUCAUCCUGCCCAAGCCUGAGAAGUGCAUCGUGUGUAGCGAAAAUGUUUAUCAGACUGAGAUGGUUAAGUCCGACGGACGCUUCUUCCACAAGAAGUGCCAGCGCUGCCUGGUGUGCAAGCGCACGCUGGACAUCAGCAGUUUCAUGGUCAUCCAGGAGAAGAUCUACUGCAAACAGCACGGACAGGAGCUCAAGCUGGCCCAACAGGCAGUAUAACAACGCUAUGGUUCCAUGUACAGCCCCCGUUUUCUAGAUGGUAGAUUCCUCAGCCAUGUAGCACUGACAGGUAGAUGCCAGAAGUAUGGAUGAUUCCAAAUUUUAGUAGGGAUGG